UUAGAUCCAUACUUAUACUAGCCUUAAAAAUCGAUUUUAUUUUCUAUUUAGGAAAACAUCUUAGCACAUUAAAGAUACUUUCCUAAUCUAUCACUUCCGGUCUUCCACAAUCAACAAUCCUGUUUCUUAUUUGGUGCAUAGAUAUUGAAGUUCCCUUUAGAAUCAACAAUCAGUGUAGACAACUUAAAAAGUCACUUGAGCUGCUUAGAUCCAACACAGCUCUAGGAAAAGUCAAGAAGAAAAACAUUUCUGCAGAUCAAACUGAAACUAUAUUUUAGAGUAUCCAAUGCAUGAAUAAUAAAUCAAGGUCACACUCUCUCCAAGAAGAUGUAAACCCAUACUGGACCUUGUCCUUCAGAUCUUAUCUCUCCAUCUCUGCUCCUACUGUCUUGUGGGGUCUUAAUCCCCCAUGAACUUCAAGAACUCUGACAACAAUCAGAACUAGGGAAGAAAACAGAGUAUUAAUACUUAAAUGCACAUCUAACCGUAGAGUGUGUGUUCGUACAGUUUCGUAUGAAGAUGCAACUUUAUGAGCAAAGAAAAAAACAGAACCGCACGAUUCAAGUAUUUUAUCACUCACUUGAAAGUUGCCCCAUCUCACCCCUUUGGCUAACUGUCAUGUCCCAAACAUUUAUUAUGGAGUUUUGAUAUUUCUACUUCGGCUAUAUAUAUAUAUAUAAACCAGUUCACCUUGUACUCUCAUCACAAUUCUCUUAUUUAUAACUUGUGUAGUAGUAAUCUUCUCCUCCUACCAAGAUGAAGAGCAAGCUCAUCAAGUCUUGGGAAAAGAAACUGAAAAUGAUGACAGGCAAAGUCAUAACACCUUGUACGUUAUGCAAGACAUGCUGCCAAGAAAUUUGGUGGGCGUUGAAGAGGGAAGCUGAGAUGAUACCAAAAGAUGUCCCUAAGGGACACUUGGUUGUCUAUGUGGGUGAGGAAUCAAGGAGGUUUGUUAUAAACAUCAGCUUGCUUACACACCCGCUCUUCAAGGCAUUGCUGGAUCAAGCACAAGAUGCUUACGGUUUCAGUAGUGCUGACUCCAGACUAUGGAUUCCUUGCGAUGUGAGCGACUUCCUCGACUUGGUCCGUUGCGCUGUUGCUCCACAGCAUCAGAACAAGUGCAUGUGUAUCUAAGACGGUUCUUGUACAGAGGACUCAGGACAUUCAUUGGUUAUUAAUAAUGCUAAGCUAUUGCAGUAUAUUAAUAAUGUAAAAACUUUUUGUAUUGAAUGUGUCAUUAAAUUUCAGUUAUUGUUAGCUAAAUGGUA